AUGCAUUGUGCGCAGAGGCCCACCCCUCCUCUGGGCCCGCCCGCUCCCUCUCACACGGCUUCUUUGCGCUCUGCCGCAAGCCACGUCGCAAACCCAUACUGUGAAGGACUGGAACUCCAGCGGGAAGUGGACCGUGAACACCCGGGGAGUGUCACAUGCCGUUCUCAAGAUGAAGGCUUUGUUUUCACAGCCGACCUUUGGGCUUCUCCUCCUAUGACUCCGGGAUACAGUAAGUCCUGA